UCAAUCUUUCCCGCCAUUUCCAUCAUCUUACUGUACCUUUUUUCUCAAUUUGCUACAAAAUAAAUCCCAAAAUGGGAAUCGAAAAUCUAGCCGAGAAAGCACAAAUUCUGAUAAGGAGCAGACUCUGUAACCCUAAUUUCAUCUUCAAGCCUCUCUCUGAUUCCCCUGACAGCAACUACAGCAAGUUGAAGUUUAUAAUAUCGAGUUCAAUCAUGGAGGCUUGCAACAAUUCUAUUCUGCUUCUUGGACCCCGUGGCUCUGGCAAAGUCGCGGUAUUGGAGCUUGUUCUCAGCGACUUACUGGAGGAAUAUCCCGACACAAUCACUGUCAUCAGAUUGAAUGGGCUAUUGCAUAGUGAGGACAACUCUGCCUUCAAGGAAAUUGCCAGACAACUAUGUAUGGAGCAUCAUUUGUUGUUCUCAAAAAUGGCUUCUUUUGACGAUAACUCCCAGUUUAUGAUAGCCAUGUUAAGGGAGUGUGGAUUAGCACAUAAAACAGUUAUUUUUGCACUUGAUGAGUUUGACCUAUUUGCCCAGGGGAAACAACGACUACUUUAUAGCUUGUUGGAUGCGAUGCAAUCCGUAACAUCUCAGGCUGUUGUUGUUGGUGUUAGUUGCCGGUUGGAUGCGGAUCAGCUUUUGGAAAAAAGAGUGAGAUCUCGGUUUUCUCAUAGGAAGUUACUGUUUCUUCCUCCAUCUAAGGAAGAUGUACAAAGAUUGCUGGAGCACAUCCUAUCUUUGCCAAUGGACUCAAGUCUUGCCCAUGACUACGCUGCUGAGUUCAAUGAAAAGCUUCAAAGUAUUUUAGCAGACGAGAGAUUCAAAGAAAUCAUCAGCAAUUAUCUGAACUCCAAUUCUACCACCAAUCAUUUAUUGAGAUUUCUAUUUAUUGCCAUCUCAAAUAUGGAAUUGAAAUCGGGGUUCUUGUCACUUGAGAACUUCAAAGCUGCACUUUCGAGCAUCCAAAGGCAACCAAAGCAGGAAUGCAUAAAAGAUUGCUCCAUCUUGGAACUCUACAUCCUUGUAUGCAUGAAAAGGUUGGAAAUUAGAGAGCAAAAUUCUUACAACUUCAGUUCAGUAAUGAAAGAGUACAAAAGCAUACAUGAUUCGUUCCCGACAUCUGAUUAUUAUGCGCAAAAUGUUUGCUUACGGGCAUUUGAACACCUCCUUCAACGUGAGUUAAUUUGUUUCACAGACAACAGAGGUCACAGUCAAUCUAUUGAAUUCCGUCAAGUGAAGCUUGUAGUCUCGUAUGCUGAACUACAAGAGGGGCUGAAAUCGUAUCGAUCCUGUCCUGCCAUUCUUCUAAAAUUAAUUGAUCGCUGAAGGCGGAGCAGCUGUGCAGAGACAAUGUUGAUGGCUGAUUAGCUUCCACAAGGAAUUCUCAUCUGCUGUUUUCUUUCAAGGCAAUUCCACCAAAUUUGCCGAAAAUAAGAAAUUCAUUGCUAGUUCUGCUGCUGAUAAUGUUAGCUUAGAUAUUUGUUAUUUAUCCCCUGAUACUUUGCUCAUUGUAUUGACUGCUAACUGCCAUGUAGCUUUUUCUUGAUGAUCAGGAAUUCCUUAAUUCCAGAAUUUUAAAAAGGUCAAGCUCCAAAUUUCUUCCCAA